AUGUCGGUCACUCUACAGGAUAUAGCAAUCAUUAUAGGAUUGCCUAUUGAUGAAAAUGCAGUGUGCGGGCCCACUAAUUUGGAUUGGGGAAUAGUUUUUCAGAAUUUGCUCGGGGUUACAUCACCUGCAAUAACAUUGGAAUAUGGUGGCCUUAAAAUAACUUGGGUAAGGAAUACAUUCUCAAACCUACCAGAUGGUGCCAAUGAUGUAACAAUCCAACAGUAUGCUAAGGCAUACAUGUUCCAGGUUUUGGCUUUACUAUUUGGAAAUAAGAGUCAAAGUAGAUUGCAUUGCUGCUUUUUCCAGCUAUUAGCGGACUUUGGUGUAGUUGGAGAAUAUAGUUAA